AUGCCGACCUCACGCCCCCAAGCCGACCUCUCUCCCUCAGCUGCGGCAUUCAUUCCCUCCACCUCCAACCCUGUAGCGUCGGGAUCUGUACGAAGGAACCUGUUCUCAGCGCAUCUGUCAAGACGGCCAGCAUCUUCUUCACGACCUCAUUCGCAGAACAGCUCCCAAAGCCAGUCCAAUCCGCAACCAGCCGCGCCACGAACGACUCGAGACCGACAACAACAACAGCAACAGCAACAUAUCCCGAUCCAGACUCACGCCCAUGCACGUAACUACGACGACCAACACCAGCACCAGCAUCCACAUGCCCUUCCCCAAGUACGAACGCACCAGCGGUCCGUCUCGACUCCCUCGCUGUCCCCAUCUCCCCCGCGACUGUCACCGUCGAGCCAUGUCUCUCCUGAACCGGCGGCGUUCAUGUCUGGCUACCACCAGCACCAGUCGCCGCCAUAUCCGCAACUACAGACUCAACAACAGCAUCACGCCCUCCCGCCCUCGGCGAGCCACCGGGCAUUCUUGACCGAGGGCUACGAUCCGACCAUUUCACCCAACCGGCCUCUCAGCCCGCGAUCCUCUGCGACACUGUUCCCGAACUCGUCGAUCAUAGCCCUGAACCCGGUCACGGGCAGACCAGUCUUACAUCGAAUCCCCAAACUCCCUGGACGACUGCGGCUCUCUGACUCGGACGACGGGCAAGAUGCAGGCGAAGACGAAGACGAAGACUUAGACCUCGACGACGCAGACCAUUACAUCGACGAAGACGAGGCCGUCGCACAGGCGUAUCGACGAGGACGCCGAGCCGAUCCCGUCGCAUGGAGACAUAAUACGUACGGCCACGCUUCUUCGGUUGCUGCCGCUGCUGCUGGAAAUGACCGAGACCACGUCCAAGCGGCCGCCGCCGUGACUGCCGAAGCAGACGCAGAGGCCGAUGAAGAACGUCGCGACCGCGAGCGCAUCGAGAGGUUACUGAGGGAGAUGAUGGCCAGACAACGCGCCCGCGCGCAGAGCAAGAGUACCUCCGUCCCCACCGGUCCCGGUGGCGACGCGACUUCCUCGCGCGGCAGUCAGUUGAAUUUGAAUUCUAAUUCUCAUUCUCAUUUAAGAGGAGGACGGCGCAGGAGGAGAGACAUGGGUACGAAUCAUGAUAAUAAUCGACUACAGAUGCAGCGGGGGCAAGAUACGGGAAUGGACCACGCCGUCGAAUCGAUCGAUUACUUCGACGUCGACCAUGAUCAUGACCAUGACCAUGAUGACAACGACAGCAGCAGCAACAACAACGCUAACAUUGGCCCCAGCUACGGCGAGAGACGGCGAGAUUCCGAAGCCGAAGCCGAGCGCGAAGAACUCAUGGGGUUGAUCGUGGGCAGUCUACGACGAGAAAUCGCCCGAGCGGAUGAAGAGGCCUGGAUGUUUGGCGAACAAUCGACAAUGGGCGCUGGAGCCGGGAGGGUCGAGAUCGGAGUCUACGACUGA